AUGGCCUAUGCUACAAUAGCCAUUGCUGCUGUGGUGUUGAUCUACUUGUCGCAGUUCCUCAACAACCUCGUGCGGAACAUGAUAAAUGGCUGGACGAUUGGGCUGCCCAUGAUUAUUGUCCCUGUUGAUCAUACUCAGCUGCUUUGGUUGAUCUUAGCUCCGCUCGGAAGACGCCGACUUCAACAGAUCCUCCCACGACGACUAUGGAGUCGAUUAGCGAUCACAAUUUUUGGCUGGGAAUUUCACGAGAAAUUGCGACCGUUUGAACAGUUCGCAACGAGUCGUGGAAAAGAGAAGGGAAUGUCAUUUCUACUCGCCGGAUUUGGCCACCUCGAGCUCUGGACAGCGGAUCCUGUAGCAGUUCAAGAUAUUCUGCUCCGUCAUCGAGAUUUUGAAGUUCCACACUCGCUAGAGUUUGCUCUUGGGCAAUACGGUCCGAAUGUGUUGACGACAAACGGGGACCAAUGGACGAGACAUCGAAGAAUUGUGUCCAGUGUCAUCGACGAACGCAUAUCCAAAACUGUUUUUGAGGAAUCCAUUGAACAGGCUGACGGAUUACUGGGCGAGAUAGAAGCAUCUACAGAUGGCACGGCGCCUACUGAAACACGUCACUUAUUCGAUAUGCUAAAGAAGAUUACCAUUCACGUUCUUCUUACUGCUGGAAUGGGUAGAACAGUAGCCUGGCAAGAUGAUAAAGAACAAAAGCCAGAACCAGGCUACAGAAUGUCGCAUAUUAAAUCCCUUACCACCGUCGUAACGAGUAUAGCAGGAUUCGGUUUACUACCGACUUGGCUUCUCGUACAAUGGCCCGAGUGGUUAUCAGGACACCAGAAAAUGACGUCUAUUGGGCAUGCAAAGAUGGAAGUGGAAAAGCGCAGCAAGUCAAUAUUGGAUCAGGAGCGAACUUCUCGAGCUAGGGGAGAAGAGUCGACCUCAAUGAACAACAUCAUGGUCAAGUUACUAGAUGCCUCGGAAGAAGGCAAGGACUCGGGUCAACCUUUAACAGAGGCAGAGAUGAUUAGCAACCUGUUCAUUUUUACGGCCGCAGGCUUCGAGACAACCGCAACAUUGUUGACCUACGCCACAGUCCUCUUGGCACGAUACCCCGCGUGGCAAGACUGGCUACUCGAAGAGGUGGAUGAAAUCACACCAGCAAAUGAUCAGCCAAGUUACAUGGAGUAUUCGGCCAUCUUCCCUCGAGCCACACGCACGAUGGCAUUUAUGUUUGAAACUUUACGACUAUACAGCCCAGUGUGCCAUGUACAUCGGGAAACUGCAUCGCCACAAGUCGUCCGCACGGAAACUGGCAGUGUCCAAUUGCCAGCUAACACACGGAUUUACGUCAACUCGGUGGCGGUUCACCUUCUCCCGAUAUGGAGAGAUAUUAAUAGGGCAUCUGAUCCGCCCUUCUACAAGCCAGAUCCGGACAAUAUUGCUGACGAGUACGCGUUCCGCCCUUCAAGGUGGAUCAAUCAGCCCAACGAGGCUCAGCGGAUCUACCACCCACCCAAAGGAACAUGGAUCCCAUGGGCCAUGGGACCCCGAGUUUGUCCAGGACAGAAAAUGGCCCAAGUGGAGUUCACGGCUGUCAUGUUGACAUUGCUGCGGAGGCAUCGAAUAGACGUGGUUCCCCUGGUUGGAGAAGGACGCAAAGAAACGGAAGACCGGCUGGACGCGGCGCUGUGUGACAGCAGUUGGGUUACAGUUCUACAAAUGAACAACGUGUUUGACCCCAAGCCCAAUGAGGGGCUUCCAAUGAAAUUCUCCAAGCGGAGGUAG